AUGCGUGUCACAACAACCAUCACCGCCGCCCUCCUCUGCGCAAGCGCACCCGUCGCCCUAGCCUGCUCCGAGGGCUUUUCCUCGAACCGCAACCUCACCGCCGAAGAUUUUGCCUGGCUCUUUGCCGACUACAGUGUAGAAGACGUGUACUCCUGUGGCAGCAGGUGCGCCCGCGCAUGUAUCGCCCCGGGCGAGACGUUCGGCGCCUGCAUGGGCUGCGCCAGGUGGAAGCGUAACGCGCAAGGGGAAAUGGACCUCCCGCCCUGCAGCAAGCCCGUCACCAGUGGGGAGGGUACGACGAACGACGGCCAGUACGAGUGUCACGGGUACGGUGCCGAGUUCUGGAACUGCGUCACGCCGUGCCCUCCUGGGUAUGCGCAAAUUCAAACGUGA